UGUAGCUCCCAAGCUGAGCGUGUACGUGUAGUCUUAAAAGAGUUCCCGCAUGGUGUUUCAGCCUGAACUCGCAAUCAAUUUACAGCAAAGCACACAGCCGCGACAGCCUGCAAGUUCGUGUGUCCUGAGAACAUCGAGCCAGCGCGGCUUUCUCCGGUACUGCGAACAAGCUGGAUUCCCGGAGCUCUUCACCAUGUCUGGCGAGUUUUAGAUACUCCAUGGAGCAAACAAACCUCUACGAGGUCGCUCCACGGCCACUGAUGACCAGCCUUGUACAGAGCCAGCAAAACGCCUAUAUCUACAAAGACUCCGCCACCGCUGGAGACUUGAACGAAAUCUGCGAGAACGAAAACUCCAUCGACAUCAGCGCGUACAUUGACCCCUCUGCCUUUAACGACGAGUUCCUGGCGGACCUAUUCCAUAACAGCUCCAAACAAGAAAAACUCAAGCUGGCUAGUGGAGAGUACGAUUACCCCCACGGCGCCACUGGCACACCGGGGGCCCAGCAAAUGUACGGCUGCAUGACCAACUACAUGGAUUCUUCCAAACUGGAACCGAUCUACGACAGUCCAGCACGAAUGAGACCCGUAGCCAUCAAGCAAGAGCCCCGGGAGGAAGACGAGCUUCGCCACUCGAUGCCAUCAACAUACCACCACUCUCAACACCACCCGCCGCAUCUGUCUUACCUUCAGCAUCAGAUUGCGCACUGUGCGCAAACCACCAUGCACCUCCAACCGGGGCAUCCCACACCUCCCCCGACCCCCGUGCCCAGCCCGCACCACUUACACAACCACCUGCCGGGGGGCUCCAUGAAAAUGGGCUAUCGGGGAAAAUCUAAGAAACACGUCGACAAGAACAGCACCGAGUAUCGGCUGAGGAGGGAGCGCAACAACGUAGCCGUGCGCAAGAGCCGGGACAAGGCGAAAAUACGCAACGUGGAGACGCAACAUAAAGUGAUCGAAUUGUCGGCGGAUAACGAAAGACUGCGCAAGAGGGUGGAACACCUCACACGAGAACUGGAGACGUUACGGGGCAUCUUCAGGCAGCUUCCCGACGGAUCGUUUGUCAAAGCCAUGGGCAACUGCGCCUAACGGGGCCGCGGGAGCGGAGUGUGCUGGACAUUUGAAGUUUGUGUGAUUUUUAUGUCUGCUGGAUAAACGCUGACAGAUUCUGUAACUGCUUCCAUAGGAGCCUGGCAGCUGCGGUAUACAUGUGCCUUUUGUACAAAACGAUAAGCUCAUCUCUUCACGAAUCUGAACUAUGGACUGAAUGGUUGUUGUAGGUGUAGUCCUAUUAAGAAUGUGUGUUAGCUACGCAAAACAUAUCAGUGCAGCAAAUGUGCAUCAUUUCACCGCACCAAUCUACUUUAAUGAUGAGUUACCAGCUUUCAAUAUUUCACUUUUUGUGCGCCUUGCCUCUUGGGUUACAUAUGAACUGAACUCCUUGUAGUGAUACAAUUUUUGUGCCAUUCCAGGCUGUAUUUCCACCUCACUUAUUGCUGCAUAACAUUCACUGUAUGAAAUUGUUGAUUAAUACUUUUUCAAGGGGGUUGGGUGGAAUUGUUUCAUGGACGUCAGUGGACAAAAUGCCAAAGCAUAGGACUGGAAUGUAUUGAUUUCACUGUGGUACUAGGCUAUUUGUCAUUCAUAAUCCAGACUGUAUGCACUAUUGGCUAUGUUGUCAAAAUGCCACCUGAUGAAGCACAUUGCAUUGUGAACAUUUUGCCAUGAUUCGGGUACUGAUCUGUAAAACACCUGUCCAUAGACGCUUUUAGAGUAAAUGCUUUGUAUUUAUGCAAUAUGAUUGAUCAAAUGUGAAAGGGUGCAUAUCUCUAUGCAAUGUCUGUUGCUGUUAUUAGAAUGAUUCCGGUGGAAGAUCAUUCCGGUGUGCCUCUCACUGAUUAUGCAGUGAAGUGAACCUUCUGUAAGUAUGUGUGUGCAUUUCAUGUGAACUGUUUAUUUCUUCUUUCUUUUUUGUACAAGAACACUCAAGCAGAGACCGGUUUCAGUGCCUUUUGAUUUUUCUGUCUUUAUUGCCACCACUGUCUGAAUCUUUGGGGGAAAAUAGCCAAUACAGCAAGGAAAAGGAAGCACUUUUUUUUUUUUUUUUUUUUACAAAUGGCA